AUGAUGAAUAUUGUCAACUACCGACUUCGUAUUACCCUGUCCGAUUCGCGUGUGUUGACUGGCCAGAUGCUUGCAUUCGACAAACAUAUGAACCUCGUAUUGGCUGACUGCGAAGAAUUCCGUAAAGUAAAGCCCAAGGGAAAAAAGGUUGAAGGACAAACGGAGUUGGAGCAGAAGCGAACACUUGGUUUGGUUAUCCUGAGAGGCGAGACUAUUGUCAGCAUGAGUGUUGAUGGACCCCCACCACCAUCCUUCGACGACCUUCCUUCCAGAGGUCCUGCAUUGAUGAGUGGUCCUGGUUUCGGAAGACCUGCCGGUCGCGGUCUUCCUGCCGCACCACCACCAGGUGCUCCUAUGAUGGGAUUGUCUGGUCCCCCUCCUCCUGGUUUCCGUCCUCCUCCAGGUAUGCCCCAGAACUUUAGACCUCCCAUGCCCGGUGCUCCUGGUGGUCCUCCCAUGGGCUUCCGCCCUCCACCUCCCGGUGCUCCCGGUAUGCCUCCUCCAGGUUUCCGUCCU